UAUCAACAGAUAAAUCGUUAAACUGUUGUUGUUUUUUCCGAGUGACGGUUACUUUCUUAAGGGGAUCGAGUUCAAAAUUCCUUAAGUAGUGACCUGAAUGCUGUUGUUAUGAUAAAAUACGCGGUCGACCCCUAGACCAACUGGUCCUGAAGGCGCGAGACAUUUUGAGGUUUGAAGAUAAUGAAAUCCAAAGGAAGUUCUUGGAAUGCUGCUCUUUCCGACCUCUCAUUACGGCCGGCGUAAUCGGGAAGGCCUCACGGAAACUCUGCGUAAACUUAUCACAGCCGUGUGCCUUGGAUUAAAUUUUGUUUUUUCGGGAAGAUCGGCCCAUUCUCGAUUAAUUUUGCAUCUCGCGGGAAAAGUUAAACGAAUGGGCAAGUGCAGAAGAAAAUGCCUGCACUCAAAGCCUAUAGCAACCCAACGAAUUUUUUUAUUUGAUUUCAUUUCCGGUAGCUUUGGUCGCGCGUCAAUCAGUCGGCGUUUUCAAAGGCAAGAGGGUGGUCUUGGCUCUUGUGCGAAACAAACUGCGCGGGUAUAACUGACAAUGGAUCACGUGAGAGCCAAUCACAACGACGCUACUAAGUUGUAUUAGUCAAUUAGCGCAGAGCCACACGAUAGUAAAUUUGCCAAUGAUUUGUGUUGGAGACAACAACAGCGUAAACUUAGCAUAGCGCCUCAAAUGCGAAUUAUUGCGAUUGGGGAAAGGAAGAGGAACUUAAAACUCCCACGCUUCUCGCUUCAUCGACAUAUUGGGAAAAAAUUCCAAGGCGAUUACAACAUCUCAAGGCGGGGUCCUAAAAAUUCAAAGCGCACGGGCAAAGGUUUCAUUCAAGCGUCGCGCGCACGGCACUAAAAUUAUUUUUCAAGUGCGCGCACCAUGAGUGAGCCUAGCACGGGAACAGAUGAAACCAGCGCUAAGGACUCUUCGACGGAAGGAACACAGGAAACGGUGAACGAACUUGUUCAGGAUGAAAAGCCGUUGUCUGCAACGGAAGUGCCCAGGAAAGGCAAACGAGGAAGGCCGCGAAAGAACUUUGCCGAGAAGCCUGAGGACGAUGGUACACCCGUGAUAAAAAGACCCAGAGGGCGACCGAAAGGCUCCAAAAAUAAAAAUCCCAAGCCAAAACCAGUUCCAACAGGACCAAAGAGGCCAAGAGGAAGACCUAGAAAAUGGCCUCUUCCUGAUGCAUCUCAACCAAAAAGAAGCAGAGGAAGACCAAGGAAGAAUGCAAAUCCAACUUUAGAACUUCCAACCAUGGUUAAUACCACUACAGAUCAAACAUUGACCAAUGAUACAACAGCAUCUGUGACAGCACCAAUUGCAACUGACAUUGUUCCACCAGAUGAUCUAUUUGACAGUGAUGACAUUGAUUGACUGUGUUGUUGACAGAUUGACUAAUGCUUGUGUGUUCUUGAGGUUGGAAGGUAUAAAAGAGGUGUGAUGAAAAUUGGACACCAACAGUGUUAUUUUGACUCAGUGGUGUAUGGAAAGUAGGCUAUCAAAAGUAUAUAUAUUUAGCUAGAGAGCAGUACAUUAGAUGUUAUUUUGACCCAAGUAAAUAUAAAACAUUCAUAAUUUUAUUACAAAAUUUUCCAUUACACCAAAUAAUUAUAUCAUAGUAAUUAUCCUUCAACUCUGCAACUUAUGCACUACUGGUAAUGAUGCAAUGAAAUUAAUAUUUGUAUAAAGUAAAAGUUAUAGUAUAUAAUAGUUUGCUGCAAAGCUCUGGAAAUAUUCCACAUGCUCACUUGCUAAGCUAAUGGCUGAAGUAUAAAAAGAUUAUGGUUGACAUCAGUGUGGUGUCUAAAAUAUCUACUUAGAUUCUUUGGGAAUCUUAAUGUGUUUGAUGUUAUAUUGAUUGUCAAGUUCAUUGACAUUUGAGCAAAGAUGCUUGCAUUGCAAAUCUGCCAGAUGUGAUGCUGUUAGAAUUAAAAUAUUUGUUGUGUAUUGCUAUACCAUGUGUACAUAUUUUAACGUUUUGAAAUUAUAAUGAUAAUCAUUAUCCAUGCAUUCUGACGUAGAAGUCUAAUUUUUACUUUGGUGCAAUUCCAGUCUCAGAGGAACAGUGGACCCACCCCUCCCCUAAUCCAACAGCUGUUAACUGAUAACAACUUGGGGUUAAUGUUGGGUUAGGGGAGAGGUAGGUGUGCUGUUGCUCAGAUACUGACAUUGAUUCCUUACUUUUAACACAUACAUGAAUUCAAAUUUUUCAGUUUUGAAAUUUAAAGUAGAACAUUAAAAAAUUUAGUCAUCAACAGUUUUUUUUAAUUAUUAAUCCUGAUGAAGUGUGGUGGGCAUACCAUUACAAGUUCAACUGGUAAAACAAGGUGAUGAUUGAAUUUCACCCUGUCAUGUUCUAGCCAAUGGUAUGGCUUCAUCAUGUUUUAUCUGCAGUGAAGUUUAGAAGGUCUUUAAAAUGUCCACUGUCCUGAUUCUUUAUUAGGUAAAAUGAAAAUUUUGCAUCAAUGGUAUUCCAUCGAUGUCAAGUCACUUCUAGGAGUUAAACAGUAUACUUAAAACUUGAAACUAUCUGUUACA